AUGUCCAAACCGGCGCCGGUGAUCGCGGAGGAUCCCCCAGCUGAGAUUGGGGAUUCGGAGCUGUUGGGUAUGUGCUGCUGUGCGGUGGUGGGCUUUGAAGGAGACGUGGAUGCUGACCUCGCAAGCCUCUCUGGGCUACAAGCAGGAACUCCGCCGACACUACUCGACUGUCCAGGUCUUUGCGAUCGCGUUCAGUAUCAUGGGCCUCCUGCCGUCAAUCGCGUCUACGCUCUCCUUUUCGGUUCCUGCAGGCCCGGUGGGCAUGGUUUGGUUGCUAGUAUCUUCAUCUUCAUUGUCGGAUUGGCGAUGGCCGAUUUGGCAUCCGCAAUGCCCACGGCCGGUGGUCUUUACUUCUGGACGCACUACUACAGCGGCGAGAAGUGGAAGAACCCGCUGAGCUUCGUGGUGGGAUAUAGCAACACCAUCGGCCUCCUCGGCGGCGUCUGCUCCAUCGACUACGGCUUUGCGACCAUGCUGCUCUCCAUCGUCUCGAUUGCGCGCGACGGCGAAUGGUCGGCGUCACGGCCCGUCGUCUACGGCACGUACGUCGCCUGCGUCGUCGUGCACGGCCUGAUAGCGACCUUCUUCGCGCGCAUCAUGCCCAAGAUCCAGUCCGCCUGCAUCUUCACCAACGUCGGCCUCGUGCUGGCCACCGUGCUGGCGCUCCCGAUCGGAAAGGCCGUCCGCGGCGGCGAGAUCAACUCGGGCGCAUACGUCUUCGGCCACGUCGAGAACCUGACCACCUGGCCCACGGGCUGGGCGUUCAUGCUGGCCUGGCUGUCGCCCAUCUGGACCAUCGGCGCCUUUGACUCGUGCGUCCACAUGAGCGAGGAGGCCACCCACGCGGCCCGCGCCGUGCCCCUGGGCAUCCUCUGGUCGUGCGGGCUGUGCGGCGUGCUGGGGUUCUUGUCGCUGGCCGUCAUUGCCGCCGUCAUCAACGUCGAUCUCGAGUCCGUGCUGGGGUCGGCUUUCGGCCAGCCCAUGGCGCAGAUCUACUACGACGCGCUCGGAAAAUCCGGCGCCAUCGGGUUCAUGGUGGUGGUCGCUCUUGUGCAAUUCUUCAUGGGCCUGAGUUUGGUACGCACACCCCGUCCGCGUCUCUGCAACGUACGGAGUACUAACAGGCCAAGGUCGUCGCGGCCUCCCGCCAGAGCUGGGCCUUCUCGCGCGACGGCGCCCUGCCCUUCUCGUCGUUCUUCCGCCAUGUCAGCAAGCGCAUCCGCUUCCAGCCCGUGCGGAUGA